AUGCGUUCUUCUAUACUCUACAAUAUAACUCUAGCUGCUUUUUUGGCACGACAUGUGCAUUCAAUAGCCCUUCCCGCCUACACCGGCUUGAAGACGGCUCAAAACGGCAGCAUCCUUACGGUGACCUUCCAUAACCCGUCAUCUCCUAUCAAUCUAUGGAAUCAAGACACGCAGGACGAUCUCACCGACCUAGUCUUCCGGCUUCAGGGGGACAAUGAAACCAAGGUCGUCAUUUUCAACAGUGACGUGCCUAAAUUUUUCAUGGCCCAUCUCGACCUCACCUUGCCUGCUCUGGCGGAUCCUGUCUUUGGCGAAGCAUUCGGAACUCUUAUUUACAACAUCUCCCAGCUGUCGCAAGUCACCAUCGGCGCCGUAGAAGGUCGAGCCCGCGGCGCAGGCAACGAAUUACUCGUAUCGCUCGAUAUGCGCUUCGCCACCAAGGGCGAAAGCCUUUUCGGCCAACCCGAAGUCGGAAGCGGCUUGUUUCCCGGCGGCGGCGGCAGCCAGUUCCUCCCGGGCCUAAUUGGCAGGGGCCGCGCCAUGGAAUAUGUCCUGAGCUCAAACGACAUCACCGCAGAGGAUGCAGCAGAAAUCGGCUGGAUUAACAAGGCAUUCGACACGUCUACAGAGAUGUACAGUUACAUUGAUAAGCUCGCACAACGAUUCAGCUGGUUUCCUUUGUCGGCUCUUAGCGGUGGCAAGAAGACAAUUAACCGGGCUUCGGCGCCGUCGCUUGAACAGAUUAUCGCGGACACCAAGGAUUUCUUCAAGCAGCAAUUCAAUCCCGCGGUGCAAGCCAUUGCAAAAAAGUCGGCACAGUUGUCUCGCAAUGCUUCAGCUGUGGAUUUGGAGCUGAACUUGCCUGAGACGAUCACGCGUCUUUACACUUAG